UGAGGCAGUGGUGCCCCGGGGACAGAGCCGCCCUGACUCGGGCACCCCGGCCGCAGGUCCAAGGGCAGAGCGCAGGAGGCCCUCGGGUCGGAGUCGCGACCGAGCUACGGUUUCGGUGGUGUGCAACCGCUGAGAGCCUACUAAACAGCAACCUCCUGGAGCCCCAGUCUUUCUUCCUCUUCCACACUUUGCCUCAGACACACGGCAGGGGAGAGCAGCAAGGCCAAGUCUCCUUGCAAACGCCGAGGACAAGGGUCAGGAUGCGGAGCAGCGGAGAGCAGCGCGCUGCCUCUGCCCCAGACUCGGAAGCUCGCGGACACGGAGCUUCGAGCUCCGCGGGUCCUCGGGGGCCUCUCCGUGGGCUCCCCUGGGAAGCCGUUCAAAGAGAUCACAGAAACGGGCCCCGCCCCCAGGAAAAGGGCCGCAGAAAGUGAAACUCCGUGAGUCAGCGCCCCUGGCUCGCAGCCGCUGCGGCCCGCGUCCGCAUUUCCCCCGCCGGCGGCCUGGACGGCGCGAGGCAUGGCCGGCGGGGCUGCGCCGCGGGGGCCCGAGCUCCUGGCCUUCGCGCGGUUCCGGGAGGCGAGCAAGCGGCCGCUCGCCUACGGCUAUGGGCCGCGCAGCCUGCGGGAGCUGCGCCAGCGCGAAUUCGGCCGCCUGGCAGGAACUGUCUACCUUGACCAUGCAGGAGCCACGUUGUUCCCCCAGAGUCAGCUCACAAGCUUCACUAAUGAUCUCAUGGAAAAUGUUUAUGGUAAUCCUCACAGCCAGAAUAUCAGCAGCAAGCUCACCCACGAAACCGUGGAACACGUGCGCUACAGGAUUCUGGCGCACUUCCACACCUCCUCAGAGGACUACAGUGUGAUUUUCACGGCAGGGAGCACGGCUGCUCUUAAACUGGUGGCGGAGGCCUUCCCGUGGGUGUCCCCAGGCCCGGAGUGCAGCGGGAGCCGGUUCUGUUACCUCACUGACAGCCAUACCUCCGUGGUGGGCAUGAGGAAGGUCACCAUGGCCAUGAACGUCACUUCCAUCCCAGUCAGGCCAGAGGACAUGCGGUUGGCAGAGAGACGGGCCGCUGCCGCCAGUGACCCUGACUGCCAGCUUCCGCAUCUCUUCUGUUACCCCGCGCAGAGUAACUUUUCCGGGACCAGGUACCCCCUGUCCUGGAUAGGAGAGGUCAAGGCUGGGCGGAUGUGCCCUGUGAGUGUGCCUGGCAAGUGGUUCGUGCUGCUCGAUGCAGCCUCCUAUGUGAGCACCUCACCUUUGGACCUGUCGGUCCACCAGGCCGACUUUGUCCCCCUCUCCUUCUAUAAGCUCUUUGGAUUCCCCACUGGCCUGGGUGCCCUGCUGGUGAAUAAUCGUGUGGCUCCUCUGCUGAGGAAAACCUACUUUGGAGGGGGCACAGCUGCUGCGUACCUGGCAGGAGAAGACUUCUACAUCCCAAGAAGCUCCGUGGCUGAAAGGUUUGAAGAUGGCACCAUCUCCUUCCUUGACGUGAUAGCACUAAAACAUGGAUUCGAUGCCCUAGAGCGCCUCACAGGUGGAAUGGAGAAUAUAAAGCAGCACACCUUUACCUUGGCGCAGUACACCUACACUGCCCUGUCUGCUCUCCGGUACCCUGAUGGAGCCCCUGUGGUGCGGAUUUACAGUGACUCUGAAUUCAGCAGCCCGGAGGAGCAGGGUCCCAUCAUCAAUUUUAAUGUGCUCGACCACAGUGGGAACAUCAUUGGUUACUCCCAGGUGGAUAAAAUGGCCAGUCUUUACAACAUCCAUGUGCGAACUGGCUGCUUCUGUAACACUGGGGCCUGCCAGAGGCACCUGGGGAUAAGCGACGAGAUGGUCAAGAAGCAUCUUCAGGCUGGUCAUGUCUGUGGAGAUGACGUGGACCUCAUAGAUGGGCAGCCUACAGGAUCUGUGAGGAUUUCCUUUGGAUAUAUGUCUACAGUUGAGGACGCCCAGGCCUUUCUCAGGUUCAUCAUAGCAAUGCAACUGCACCAGUCUGAUGGCCAGCCUCUUCCUCAGACCAUGCCUGCAGAGGCUGGAGCCCCAUCAGAGAGCGAGGCUCAGGAUGCCAUUCCUGCCAUCAUGGAUGGAUGUGGUUCUUCACCUCAGGAAGAUGCUCCCAUAGCCUCUGGGUUUUGCAGUGAUUUGCCUAGCACUGUGGGUGCAGCGGAUUUGCACUCACCUCUGCCUAUGACCACCGGAACCCAGCACACCCCUUUAGAAAGAGCAGCUGGAGUCCUGGAUGGGGGCCUUGGGCCAUAUGUCAUCACCAACCUUUACCUCUACCCGAUUAAAUCCUGUGCUGCAUUUGAGGUAACCACGUGGCCUCUAGGGAAUCAAGGGCUGCUGUAUGACCGGAGCUGGAUGGUUGUGAACCACAACGGCGUGUGCCUCAGUCAGAAGCAGGAGCCCCGGCUCUGUCUGAUCCAGCCCUUCAUUGACCUACAGCAAAAGGUCAUGGUCCUCAAAGCCAAAGGGAUGGAGCCUAUAGAGGUGCCCUUGGAGGAAGAUGGUGAACAGGCUCAGAUUUGCCAAAGCAAGGUCUGUGCAGACAGGGUAAAUACUUAUAAUUGUGGAGAAAAAAUUUCAAGCUGGUUGUCAAGGUUUUUUGGCCGUCCAUGUCAACUGAUCAAACAAAGUUCAAAGUUUCAAAGAAGUGCAAAGAGACAGGGCAAAGAUCAGCCUGCUGGUACAACAGCCAGCCUUUCUCUGGUGAAUGAAGCACAGUACUUGCUGAUAAACAGAUCCAGUGUUUUGGAGCUUCAGCAGCAAUUAAAUGCCAGUGAUGAGAAUGGAAAGGAGGAGUUAUUCCCAAUGAAAGACCUCAUCUCACGUUUCCGUGCCAAUAUUAUUACCAAUGGAACAAGGGCUUUUGAAGAAGAGAAGUGGGAUGAGAUCUCUAUUGGUUCCUUGCAUUUCCAGGUUUCGGGGCCUUGUCACAGAUGCCAGAUGAUCUGCAUCGACCAGCAAACUGGGCAGCGAAACCAAAAUGUCUUUCAAAAGCUUUCUGAGAGGCGCGAGAGAAAGGUGAACUUUGGAGUGUACCUGAUGCAUAUGUCUUUGGAUUUAUCCUCCCCACGUUUCCUGUCUGUAGGAUCUCAGACCAUUUGGAACCUGCCUCAAACUUGCAACUGCAGCAAGAGAAGUUAAGCCCUGCAAGGCCCACUCCACUUUUAUUUAUGCAGGUGAGAAGUGGUGAGUGGCCAAGGAGAGCACAGGCUGCGAGGAUCCAAUACAUGCAGAGACCCCCACCAGAACUGAACACCAGCGGGCACUCGAAUGUUCCCAGGCAGGGCACCUGCUGGGGGCCCGGCAGUGGAUAAAACCUUCCCCAGGCAGGCAGAGCUCUGUGCACCUGACAUCUCUGAGAAUAGCCAAGGCUCCUCUCACUGCAGGGAGAGUUCAGGGCACAACUGGAAGCAGAAAGAAAGCUGGCAGACGCUUUCUAGCCAUUCUUUUUGCAAUUCACCUGUUUUGUGCUAACAGAAUUAAAUUCUAUGCAUCUCACCUUGCAAACUCCCAAAAUAAAGUCAGAACAAACCUCAUCCUUUAUGAGCAAGCUGUUGAACAGAGCUAAGCCUUCUCUGAAAAGUGAGAAAAAUCACAAAACUUCAUAAAUCUGAGAAUGAAACAUUUGUGUUUCGCAUGCCUCAAAGUAAUUACGUCGAGUAAGCCACGUCUACCACCUCGUGGCAGCUUUCAGUCACUGCAGAUUUUGUUACUUAAUGGAGGCUGAAAACUAGUUCACAUUGGAUGGGCAAAUCCCAAAGGAUGGCCAACAUUAGCCCGCUUCUCUCCGCCUGGCUUCCUUUAGUGGAAGCUCUGAGAAACUUUUCAUUAUUGACGUUGGAAUCCUUUAAAAGUUAGUUCCUGAAUUAUUUCUUGGUCAGAUUAAGUUUCAUACUGAUGUGACAUCAACCAUUCUUUUGGAGUCUCCUGUUUUCUUAGGAUCUUUUUUAAAGUACUCUGCUUUUUUUUUGUUGUUUGUUUUAAAGAUUAUUUAUUUAUUCAUUCAUGAGAGACACACAGAGAGAGGCAACAGACAUAGGCAGAGGGAGAAGCAGGCUCCCUGCGAGGAGCCUGAUGUGGGACUCCAUCCAGGACCCUGGGUCAUGACCUGAGCUGAAGGCAGACGCUUAACCACUGAGCCACCUGGGUGCUCCUUAAGUACGUUGCUUUGAAUUGGCUGUUUGGUCAAGCAGAUCUCUGUCUCUGUCUACCUGCCUCUCUCUCUCUCUCUCUCUCUCUCUCUCUCUUAUUUUAAUAUCUAGAAACUGGGCUCCAUAGCAGAUCCGGAUUUUGUGUGCGUGAAGCUUGAGCAAUGUAAAAAUCAUUCUUCAGAAAACCAUACAAAAAAAUAGGCACAAAAGGGGAUGUUACCAUGCAUGUGAAAGGAAAGGGCUUUGGAAGGCAUCUGUGCAGAUGAGAGGCUUAAGCCCUGUGACUUUUGCAAGGAAUCCACCUUUGCCUGGUUUACUUGUGGCUCUCCUUUCCCACUGCAACUGAGCACCACUCUAACUCUCAAGGGCUGCUUUGUUCCUGCUUUUUGUAGUUUACAGGAUAAACCACAUUUUAUUCACUUUCUAAAAUAAACAGCCGCGUAAGGACCUGUCCUGGUUUUUCUCUCCCACCUGUGGCUGGAAACAAAUUGUGUCAUCAUCACUCUGAGAUAUUGACUUGUCCUGGACACUAUAGGCUCUGGUUGGGACCAAGAUCCAGGAUUUCCUUCCCAGCUAGUGUCUGAUGUUGCAGGAAGUGUAUUGCUAUAGACUGAAUGCUUUUGUGCCCAUCCCCCCCUUUCAUGUGUUGAAACUUAACCCCUAAUGUCAUGGCAUUAGGAAGGGAGGCCUUUUGGAAGCAUGAGAAUAGAGCCUCGUGAAUAGGAUUGGUGCCCUUAUAAAAGAGACCUCAGAGAGCUUUCUUCCCCCAUCUGCCCUGGGAGGACACAGCGAGAAGAUGGCCAUGUAUGACCAGCAAGUAAGAUCUCACCAGAUACCAAACCUGCCAGCACCUUGAUCGUUGACUUCUAGCCUCCAAAACUAUAAGAAAUAAAUUUCUGUUGUUUAUAGGCCACCCAGUCUGUAAUAUUUUGUUAUAGCAGCCAGAAUGGACUAAGACUCAUGUGUAGUUAUCAAAAAGUGUUACUCUGUCAUCUCCUACUGAGGGACAAGGAAAUAUUACCUCACGUUUAUCCACAGUCUGGUAAAAUACAGGUUUUUGUUUGUUGUUGUUGUUUUUUUAAGGCUAACUAGGGAGCUAGUUAAAACUUUUUAAGCAGAAAAGAUGAAGUCAGCUUAUGGAGAAGGAUUGGAAAUUCGACCCUCACGACCCUUCUACC